AUGACUGGCAAGGGCGGGAUAGGAGUAACAGUUGUCAGUCACGACAGUGAAAGCAGAACAAAGGUGGCUGGGUUUGAAGACCCUGGUAGUUAUUCGCGCAGUGUUACUUAUGAUGAAACCAGUCUAAUUCAGCUAGCAAGCUUAACAGCUUCAUCUUCUCACUGUGAGCAGUUUAUUAAAUACGAGUGCUACGGAUCAUUCCUCCGUUUCAGUGGUACCAUGUACGGCUGGUGGGUAUCACGUGAUGACGAGAAUAUGACUUACUGGGGUGGAGUCAACUCUGUUCCCUUUAAAUGUGCAUGCGGUUUGAAUAACACGUGCGCGGACAGCAGUCACGACUGCAACUGCGAUAAGAACGAUAGGAAAUGGCGAGAGGACAGCGGUUUACUAACAGACAAGUGCAAGCUUCCCGUGAUUCAAAUGAGGUUUGGAGAUACUGGUCUCUCGGGAAGUGGCGAUGACAAAGAAGAAGGAUAUCACACGCUUGGAAAACUGGAGUGUUAUGGACUUACUUACUGAGAACUCACUAAGACUGUAUGUUGAACAUUAAAAAUAUUACUUGAAGACUUAUUCUUUUUCUCAGAUCUGAAUUAAAAUGGAGGUCCAUGAUAGUCAAGAGAAAUGUAAUGAAUUGGUAAUUUGAUUGAAGUGUAGUGAGAAAAAUGGAGAAAUUCAAGAUGUGUGACUAAAAGUAUUUGAAAAAAAUUGUAGCCGAAUGUCAUACUCAGUGUUGGACCACUCAAGUGUUUUGGACUCAUUUAAUACUCAAAAAAGGGUCAUUAACUUUAAGUAGUUGCUAUAGUGAUACUUGUAUAUCAAAAUCCAUUUGUUUUUAAUAAUAAACAUUUCCCUUUUACCGCGUUUGAGAAUUCCAAGAGACGUGAAAGCUGUUGCCUGCGGUGAAAAAUCUGCCAUCGUUUUACAAAACUCAUACAUGCUUCUAAUUCGUCGAAAUACAUCUUUGAUGUAAUUUUUAUGAUGACACAAUUUGUUAACCAAAGCAAAGGGGAGACGACCAAGCUGGAAGUUUGUCUGCUAAGAAAAUCUUAAAUUAAAGAUUCAAAAGACUUUAUAGUUGCAAACUUUCACCCCUUUUGGGUUCCAAUAAAAUAUGCUAAAUCUGAAAAUGACUGUAAGUCUAGUAUUAGCACUUGAAUUCGAAGCCUACAGUAGAUAGUCAUCUUUGUUACAAUUUUUCUUUUUCCCUCUGUUUGGAUUUUGCAAGUGAUUAAAUUAUUUGUCUGAGACAUUUCAUCGGACAGACCUUGAUGACCUCUCGUCGGCGCCUUCUACAUUUCAAUAUAUGCACGCGAAUUCUCAAUACCACUAAACAACAAAAUGUUAUGUAUUAUGUUAAGGAUUUAAAGUUGUGCGACCAUUACAGUCCCCUUCAGGAUAAAUUAUAUUAAUACUCACUGUCGCCUUCUCUCCCCCUACCCAUGGAGCCUAAAAACGUUGUCAAUCGUUUUAUUCUUCAACUAAUGGCCCACUCUUUAAAUGGUAAUUUAGUGUUGACAACUGGGUUGAAAACUUAAAUUAGCCACCGUAAAGAGUAAAAAAGCUGACGUUUCGAGCGUUAGCCCUUCGUCAAUCGCUCUGACGAAGGGCUAUCGCUCGAAACGUCAGCUUUUUUACUCUUUACGGUGGCUAAUUUACGUUUUCAACCCAGUUGUUAACACUAAAUUACCUGCUAUACUCUCCCACCGAGGCAGCACCACAGUUUCUUUAGAAACUUACCCCUUUAUUCACUCUUUAAAUGCUCUAAAAUACCCUUGAGCAGGAUACGAAGUCGGUCCUGUUUUUAUUCAUCAGAAAAGGCAACUUAAUCUGGCGACGCAAAGCAAUGAAAUGAUCAGAAAAUACGAUCUCAGGGAAAUCAUGAUUCUUUUCAGCCAUCAUGUAAAUAAAGUUUCCUCGAUAUGUUUUUACUUUAUGAUCAUUUCCGGUGAAGUUUGAAUAUAUAUUGAUAACGAAGCAACAAAGUGCAUGUUGCUGCCACCGUUUUGUUUCAAUAUAGCACUUUGCAUAAACUGUUGAGCAAAAAGUCUAAGCCUAUUGAUUUACGAGAGUACAUGUCUAUUGAACUAACCAUACAUUUUGUGGCGAAGAUAUUUUCUUAGGUGUUCAAAUAAAAAAUUGCAUUUUUUUUUCAGUUUAUACAGUUUCUCCUCUCGAUUAACUUAAUUUCAAAGAUAAAGCGUAUUCGGAAUGAGAAAUAAAAGAAACGCAUAAAAAUAUAAUAUCAUAGCAUCAAUUUUUCUAAACAUGAUACACAACGUGUCAAAAUAUCUGAAUAUUCGCCAAAGUCACGAUGCCUUAUCCUUUAUUGUAUAACAGUGGAUUGAAUUAAUUAGUGUUUCUGCAAGCCGGAGGCAUUCCACAUUUUGACGCUUAAACAAGUUUAGGCUUUCUCUUAAGUGAAAUGUUAUUCUUUGCUAGUUCUGUAACAUGUUCGAUAAACAACCUUCGCAAAUGUAAGUUUACUUAUUUGGAUAUCUUUUUUGAAACUUUUACCGGAAAUAUUUUUAUGAGUAACUCUGCAAUGUUUAUAAAAAAAAACAGUAUAGUGUUUAAUUGAAAAUGCUAAUAAACAGAUAUGAAACGACUGACUUUUUUUGCAAAUAAAAUACAUAAUCGAGGCUCGCACGUUUCCGAUCUUCAAAUGUCAGACAGACAUGACAUAGAUGAAUCUAAGAGGAAAACAACAUUAGCUUCGUGUAGUUGGUACCAAGUUAUAGUGUCAAUUUUGUUAUCCUGCUGCGAGCCAAAAUAGAACCUCUUACAGAAAUAUGAAUAGUUAAUAGUAUUUAAACCUAUUUGUAUAGAAGGCAUCAAUAGACAUCGUUUCCUCAGAUAAAAAAAAAACAGUUUGAAAGCAAUUCUUUUAAAAAAAAACUAAAAAAAGUAUCAGGUUUGUCAAGAAGGAGAGGUUUAUUCAGGAAAACUUUUUAAAAUUUACUGUUCCACUUCUACUUCCCCUUUAGUAGGAGUUUAUCCCACUCAUGGCACCUGCUUCAUAGAUGUGGCUAUUAAUUCUUAAUUACUGACAAGCAAUAAUAAAGGACCUAUUUUUUAAUUUGAAUGUAAAGUCUGCGGUAUCAUACAGCAACUCAUUCCCGUGGUGAGAGUUCAUCGGCCACCAUCAUGCUGCUUCUGCCACUCCUGUUGUUUUUUCCUUCUUUGUUAGGAUUGUUGUUUGCCACACAAAACAGCGCUCUCUAUCGAUAUCCAACAAGCGAUCUUUUUUUCGGUUACAUAAAGCGCGAUGUCUUCCAUUACUUAUGGGCAGAGAAACUUUCAUCAUCCACGGUGAAAGAUCAGUUGGACUGCAGUUUUCUUUGUCUUCGAGAGCCAAAGUGUCAUUCGUUCAACAUGGCAGCGUAUCCCGACUCCAAAGGAGUUUAUCUGUGUGAGUUAUUGGCCACAGACAAGUACAGAGAAACUGAAAAGUUCCAUGCAAAUGUUUCCUUCCAUCACUACAGUCCGUUGGUAAGAUCUCUCCAUAUGUCUGGUGAUAAAACACUCUUUUAUAGUUUUUAAUACAAACUGAAUGAUUCAAGAAAUGUUUACUUUGUUUCUAGCCUCCAUGUGAAAGCGCUCCUUGUAAGAACGGUGGUGUCUGUGUUCCUGAAUAUAAAUGGAGCUCCUUUCAUUGUGACUGUAGACCAGGAUUCUGCGGAACUCACUGCGAAAGGGGAGGUAUUGAAUCUGUCCUACUUUCUGUUGCAUGAAGAAAAAUUGAAAAAAAAAAACUCAUACUGUUAUUUUCAAUCAUCUGUUAUAAAUUGAUGGUUUACCUAUGUUCAACCUUGUGCUAUAAAAUUAAAUGCAUUCGAAUCAGUCUUUUGUCUUGCCUUCCUGAUAAACAUACCUUAAUUGGUUUUUCCUUUAAAGUGCCUAUGACAAGAAUUUUUUUUUUUGCAUAAGUAUUUAGCUUAUCAUAUGUUCAAACCAAUUCCGAUAAAAAACAAAAUUUCAAAUAACUUAAAAACUCGGUUUUUCGGGCCUUAAAGUGCUCUUAUUUUGUGUUAAAAGUGUACCGUGGACUGGUAACGAAUUAGCGGGUUAUGACGUAGAAAACUGUGAAAGCUCUCAGUGGUAACUUGCAAAUCUCUCAGUUUUCUUGUAAUUUUGUAUCAGUCGACGUUGAAAAACUGUCCAAUAGCGAUGUAUACCUACCUUCACCAAGCUCUACCAAGAGUUGAUACAUCGUACCCAAUUAGUAAAGAAGGAGGUUGCGAUUAGGGUUCAGCCCUACGAAAGAGAACCAUGUGCAUCAAACGAAGAUUUAGACGAAGACUGACAAAAUGGUUUCUCGCCUGCGGUGUUUAGGUCAAGACGGGAACAAAAAAAAACUCCUGAUACUAAAUGUUUAGUUGUUGCGUUUGGCGCUUUGUUUUCUACGGCGAAAUCCAUUUUAAAAAUGGGUAGCUGUGUCCGUUUCGGUCGUCUUAAAAUUUUAUUCCUUUGCACUAAGUGGGGCGAAGGUUCUCCUUGCUCAGUGCUCUAGUGUUUCGUUGCUGUAGAGUAAUUCCCUUAGCAAACCAAAAGCUAACUUUUGACGAAAGAAUCAGUUGUACCAUGGGGCACGAUGACUUUUCGCCGAGAAGUCAUCGGGCAGUUUCACUGCAAGUUGCUUCUUUCCUUAGAGAUUGCUGAGGCAGAGGCUAUCGUCAAAGGGAAAAUAGUGAGUUUAUAUAGAUUUAAGUCAAUCUCAAAUAGGGAUUUCAAUAGAGGAAAACUCAUUUAGUUUAAGCGCAGCAUUGCCAUGUGAUCCAUUUCGCUCAAUGGCAAAUAACUGACAUCAGUGUUGUAAGUUAAUAUUUCGUAUGUAUCGACUUUCGUACAGCAUUUGGAUUCGCUACCAUCUAAUUCAAUAAUAUUUGUGUUUAUUUAUUUAUCUCGUAGGAAACCUAGGUUAGGAGGAUACACAGCCCUUUCGAGUUUGUGUUUAUACCAGUAUCCGCACCAGAGGUUUCUCAUUGCUAAGGCAACAGGAUAUCGGUCAGCUCAGGAAAGGGCUUGAACUUGAUUACAAAUGAUGUAUUUCUGUUAAUAGAACACGAUGAAAACUGCAAUUAGUAGGAUUUUCAUACGAUUAGAAAAGCGUUAAUGUACUCAUGUGGAAAGACAAGGAGUAUGAGUACAUCUCAAACAGGUGAAAUAAAGAAAACAAUAAGGAGCUUACCAUUCUUUGCUUGCAGCCGAAAAGAAUGUUGAACAAUCGUGUGCGGUGUCGGAACAGGCAUUCUUUUUAGCUAAAUUCAUUGAUUAUCUUCCCCUGAUUUAACAAGUGGUAUGUGUUCGUAACAGCCGUUUUCGAAGUCGGUACGGUGCAUAUGGCCGACGACAUUGAAGAGUAAAAUCUCCUCGAUGUCGACGAUCGAAACGCAUCCAUUUUGGUCAUACAGCUACAUCCUUUGGAAAUUAGUGUAUAGAAAUACCCGGUAUAUGUGUAUUAUUCUUGUAGCUAACAUCUUUUAACGCUCCGGCCAUGCAAUGCGUUCGUCCUUUCUUCCAGAUUUCUCCUUUCUUUAACAUAGUUGCCGUCGUGUCUUCACAGUUUUCUAGGUCACAGCUAUGUAAUGUGAUCGUUUUGGCGGCGCGCUUAACGAGAACACUUUUUGGCCGACAAAUCGUAAUUUCAAAGCGCAGAAAAAUGGUCAAGGAGAACUUGCUAGGCGCAAAGGUCGAUUAUUUCUACUUUUAAACACAGCUAUCAGAAAAUGCAAAAAAUGUAAUUUCGUGUACAUGUCAUAGGCACUUUAUAUUAAGAUAAAAGAAAUCUUUUACUUCUAAAUUUCUAAUAUUCUUUGUUGCUUUGUUAUUUGUUUUUUAGGAAAUCGAACUUGCAGUGACACCAAGUACUGCAUUCCUGAGGCUAAAAGUGGCUCUUAUGUCAUCGACCCUGAUGGAGAGGGUGGAGAGAAACCUUUUAAAGUCUUCUGUGACAUGGCUGACAAGGACGAUGUUGGAGUGACAGUUGUCAGUCACGACAGUGAAAACAGAACGCUGGUGGAUGGAUUUCAGGAUCCCGGCAGUUAUUCGUGCAAUGUCACGUACCAGGGAACCAGUCUCCUUCAGCUGGCAAGUCUAACAGCUUCAUCGGCUCACUGUGAGCAGUUUAUAAUGUACGAGUGCUAUCACUCAAGGCUCUUUCGCGAUGGUUACGGCUGGUGGGUAUCACGUGAUGGAGAAGAGAUGAAGUACUGGGGAGGAGUGGAUUCUAUCGAUGACAAAUGCGCAUGCGGCAUGAACCAUACAUGUGCAAACCCUCAGUACGGAUGUAACUGCGACAAACUUGACCAACAAUGGCGAGAGGACAGUGGUUUACUUACUAACAAGUCUAGGCUUCCGGUGAAGCAACUGAGGUUUGGAGAUACCGGCCUUACAAGUAGUGAUCAGGGAUACCACACACUUGGAAAGUUCAAGUGUUUUGGACUUAUAUAGAUCGUAACUGUAUACCUGCUAUUUGUAGACUCGCCUGUUAUAGCGCUGUAAAGUAACAUGCUAUCUGUUAUGAUAGUUCGCUGCCUUAUGCAAAGGGAUUCCAGAAUGUAUAAACAUCAGUAGGAAGGUUAAAAUGUUUGGCGCAUGUGUUUUAGCAUAUUAAGCAUAAUUUUAGGCGCCAAAGAAUACAAUAUUCGUUCUUGUUUAUUUUGGCGAUGUACUGGAUCGAUGAUGUUUUUUAUUUGUUUCAAAAAAAACAUUCCAUUCUGAAAACUCAACACCAAAUUUUUAAAACAGCUCAUGAUUUAAUUUGAAAAACUUUACCUGGCUGCGAGGACCUAUGGCAAGGAAGAAAAAUCCUUGUCAGAAAAAAAAAGCUAAUUAGUUAUCAUAUAAAAGGACCUCUUAUUGCAGCGUUUAGAUCAUCCCCGUUGAAGGCACUAUAUAGGCAGGAGUGUCGAAACGUUGGGUCUAUGAAUUGUAACUUCUUCGGUUACAUUCAUUCAAUCUGUAAACCAGAUUAGCAUCAAACCAUAUCUGAUUGUCCACCUGGUUGCCGUGUGAACUUUAAUAUUUUUUACAUUGUGGAAGGUCACAUACUUGCCUACUUUUGAUCACGUGAUUUCUUAUACAUAUCGAAAAGCUCAUUCAUCUGAACUUAACAUCGUAAGCCUGAGUCGUCUCAGGGUAAACGCGAGCUAUUUCUCAAAAAUAGCCAGCUUUUCUCUUCUCUUCUUGUUCUCGGCAUGAUGUUACCCAAAUACAGAGUAGUAAGUGAACUUUUUUAAUGAAUAUUUUCUAGUGAAUUUUAAACAAACCUUUACCGUUUCUGGUUAACUAUUGUCUGCCACAUUAGUUAAAAUGUAUGUAUCUCACGCCCUGUGCAGAUCACAGGAAUUUGUACAUUCUACAUUACGAAUGUCAUUUCUUGUUUUCGUAAGAGAAGGUUAUAAUGUUCUUUUCUAUCGACAUGUGCAAUAUCAAACCCGUCCAUUCAUUUUCGCGCAGCUCUGUUACCUACUUUAUUUGACGUGGUACAAAAUCAACGGACAAUUAUCAGCCAAUAACCCCAUGUUAACAUUUGUCCGAUUAUUUCCGUCGAAAAGCGAGAAAGCCAACGUAAAAAGCCCAACAGUUUCACUUUCUCGACUUAAUUACUUGAAAAGGGAGAAAAACGAACUUAUUUUGUAGAGUCCACAGGUGUUGGGAAUUAAAGGCUGAUCUCAAAUGCUGCUCUAGAAAGUACAAAAAAGAUAACGAAACUUUAUUUUAUACGCACGAUACAAAAAUUAAUGAGAGGGUUACAAAUAAUAAAUAAAAUAAAUAUCCCCCUCCUAGCUUGCUGGCAUGUCGCCUGAUAAUGCCCUUGGCUGAGAGAUUGUCCUCAAAAUUUCAAAUUUACCCUCAAAGCCUUGCUUCUUGGCCAAAGAUUCAUUUUUUGGGCAAUUUCUCGGUCGUGGACAUUAUCAGCCGACAUACUCGACAUAGCCGCCUGCCUCGACAGCCUUCUCGUGUUUUUCCUUUAAUAAUAAGAGUGUCAAUUCUAAGUACCAGUUUCUUCCUCACUCCUAAGGUCGUCAGGCAAAGUACUGGUGAAUGUUUGGAGACGAAGGUGCGAAAGACUAUAGAGGUCUAGGAAUUUAUUGGUCAUCAACAUGCACGAGUAAAACUGCUUGACGCCAGUGCUGUCAGCCGGGGCCAUAUAAACUUUGAUGAUCUCACUGGAGAUAUCAGCUGUGGAACGGACUUAUGACGUACACAUUACACUUAUGAUGUCGGAUACAGGGGAGAGUGUGGGGUUCCGCUCCCCCACCAUCAGGAUUUAUUAACUACUUGCCUAAAAGCAAAAUUCUUUCAACGACAGGAUCGCAUAUGAGUACUCAGCUUGAAGAAACUAAAGCUUAUCAUGUAGAGAUAUUCAGUACUUUGUAAAAACUAAAACAAAUACAAAAAAUUGUUUUCUGCAUCGAAGUUUGGACUACCCCCUCCCCCUUCCCCCAAAUAUUGAAGAUGAGAACCGUGGUAAAUCCAGUAGAAGUGAGCGUUCCAAGAUCGACGAGAAGAGGCACGAUGAUGCAAAUCAAUGAAAUUCCGGGAAGUAUCAAACUGUAGUAAAUCCAGAACACAAUUCUUGUGGGAGGAGCUCACAAUCUCAGAAAGGUUUCAUCGAUAAAGAAAAUUGAAAAAAAUGAAACUUCUCAAGCUUAUUUUAUAAUCAACAAAAUGUCAUGGUCUGAUCUUACACAGAACAACAUCUCUUUAAUUAGAAAGCUCUACAAGUUUUAAUACGAAGUGCGAAAGCUUAUGUUAUAACAAAAUGCAUUGGACUGUUCUUUGAAUAAAGCGACAGCUUUUUAAUUACAAACUGCAACUGGUACUAAAAAGAGCGAAAGUAAUAUUCCGGGAUACGACAACAGUUUUAAAGAGCGAAGAUUGUAUUACAAAGUGCGACAACUUUUUUAUUAAAAAGCGCGGCAAGUGUUCUUAUAAAGUGCGAUAGUUAUUGCAAGAGCGACGAUCAUUGCGACAGGAAGUUAAACAGGUGAAACACAUCAACAUACUCCAAGACAACGAAACUUUCCUAAAAGGGUGAGGAGAUCAAAUAGUUAACAUGGACCAAUCUAGCAACCAAAAUAACCCAGCUUUUUCACGAAGGAGGCUUUCGUAUUUCAAUACUAUUAUGAACGAUAGCUUUUGUCUGACGUACACGUUUAUCACGUGAAACGUUUAUUCCAUUCAUAUACGUUAAUGAAGUAUUAUUUUAAACAUAAGCUCAAGUUUCACGAUACUGAGAUAGUCUUGGCUCUCGUGGAUUUGAAUUUAGAUCGAUGUAGUGAAUUGUAUACGGUAAUUUUCCUUUGAACUUAACAUAAAAAAAAUAAUGAUUAGGGAGAUGAAAGUGUGUACAUUGACAAUCGCCACUUAAAAAUUACUAUUCCGCAUAAUAAACAUAAAAUGUCAAAAAACAAAAUUAAAGUCCUAUUUUUAAUUUCGCGUGUUAUUUUCCCAUCCCCGCUCAGCUUUGAGCUCCGGCAGGCAAAACAGUGUCAAAUAGCUUGCUUCGAUGCAAUUAGAUAACAGCCUUCGCAAGCGUGAAGUGGAAAUACAUUUAAUAAACAAACUCCGACGCCCCGAAAAAUUUUAAGUCGUUUUCUCUGACAAAGUGCUUUGGCUUGAGUUUUGAUCUUUGGAAAGUUUAUUGUUGGCUGGUAUUCAGUCAAUUUUCGUGAAAUUUGAUGAUAAUGUCAGAAUUAUAAUGAACCCCAAAAGUGUGUCCCGGAUUUUCGAUUUUUCCUUAUUUCUCGAGAUAUAGCGACAACAUUGAAAACUUUGCUCAAGAGUGCUACUUUCAAGUUUAAAAAAUAAUAAUCCAAAAAUAACGAAUCGUUUAAAUACAAAUCCCGGACACCCUUCCUUAGUUCAAAAUAUGGGCAGAUCACGUUCUCAGCAUAAAAGAAGCGUGUUGAUGAAAAUGCGUCGUCCUAUAAACUUAUCUUGUAAAACGUCGCGGCGUGAGAGAAUAAGCUCCCGUUCUGUUCAAUGCAUAUCUGAAAUCACUGUUUAUUAAGUUUUAAGAAAAUGUAUUCUUUUACUGGAAUAGGGCGCAUAAUUUUAGGCUAUUUCAGUUUGAAUGAAAGCGCUAAUUUUCCAUCGGUGAUACUUUAAACUUAAAGUAUCACCUGCUUUAGAUAUCAAACGUUCACCACUCUUCGAUGUCUUUUGCGUUUUUCUCUUUUGUCUUUUUCCACCUGGCAGUUAAGAGGAAAUGGGUGUUUUCACAAGUCAGUGACAUUUUUUUCAGUACACAGAACACUUAACUAAGUAUUUAAUUCAUAGAAGAAACAAGAAAGUUCUUGUUAACGGACAAAUUGACAUAUAAGGUUUUGCCUGACUCACGUACAAUCUUGGAAAUGACAAAUUAUGAAAGGAAUCACCAUCAGUUGAUCAAACAAAGCGGAACUUGGAAAUUUCACCACACGUAUUACUAUUUACAAAUAUCUAACUUCCGCCACGCUACAGCGUCCCUUGUUUUUUACCGUUUGGCAGUUCAAGAUAAUACUUUUAUAAUGAAAAGGCAUAACGAGGACACUUCAAUUUUGAAACGCUCUCAGUGUUUCACAACUCAACCCAUGUGUCUCACCUGCUCCGCCUCCUUAGAUAAUUGCCAUAUCAUGACCCUUGACCAAUGCCACACUAGAAAAUUAUCACUCUGAAUAAUUAUUUUUUUUUUUUUCUUUUUGUUCUUUAUUUAUCGCUGCUGUUAGCUGACGCAACGCAUUCAGGUGUUAAAAGUUCACUGGCCACUAUCAUGCUGCUCCUGCCUCUUUUAGUGUUUUUUCCUAUCGAUCUCCAACAAGCGAGCUUUCUUUCGGUAACUUUAAGCGCGACCCCUUCUAUUACUUGUGGGCAGAGAAACUUUCAUCAUCCAUGGUGAGAGAUCAGGUGGACUGCGGUUUUCUUUGUGUUGGUGAACCAAAUUGUUAUUCGUUCAACAUGGCAGCGUAUCCUGACUCUAAAGGUCUUUAUCUGUGUGAGUUGUUGGCCACACACAAGUACACAGAAACUGACAAGUUCCAUGCAAAUGCUUCCUUCCAUCACUACGGUCCGUUGGUAAGAUUUCUCUAUAUGUUUGGUGAUAAACACUCUUUGUAGUUCUUUGAAUACAAACUGAAUGAUUCAAGGAAUGUUUACUUUGUUUCUAGCCUCCGUAUGUAAGCGCUCCAUGUAAGAACGGUGGUGUCUGUGUUCCUGAAUAUAAAUGGAGCUCCUUUCAUUGUGACUGUAGACCAGGAUUCUGCGGAACUCACUGCGAAAGGGGAGGUAUUGAAUCUGUCCUACUUUCUGUUGCAUGAAGAACUGAAAAAAAAAAAACUCAUACUGUUAUUUUCAAUCAUCUGUUAUAAAUUGGUGGUUUACCUAUGUUUAACCUUGUGCUAUAAAAUUAAAUACAUUCGAAUUAGUCUAUUUUACUGCUUUCCCGAUAAACAUACCUUAGUUUGUUUUUCCUUUAAAGUGCCUAUGAAGAGAAUUUUUUUGGUGUAAAAUUUUAGCUUAUCAUAUGUUCAAACCAAUUCCGAUAGAAGAAAAAAUUUCAAAUAACUUCAAACUCGGUUUUUCGGCCUUAAAGUGCUCUUGUUUUGUUUUAAAAGUGUUCCAUGGACUGGUAACGAAUGAGCGGGUUAUGACGUAGAAAACUGUAAAAACUCUCUAUUGCACAAAUCCCUCACUUCUCCUGUAAUUUUGUAUCAGUCAGCGUUGAAAUACUCUUGAAAUAAUUUCCGAUAGCGAUGUAUACCUACCUUCACCAAACUCUACCGAGAGUUGAUACAUCGUACCCAAUUAGUAAAGAAAAAAUUGGAGGUUGCGAGUACGGUUCAGCCUUACGAAAGAGAACCACGUGCAUGAAACGAAGAUUUAGACGCAGACUGACAAAGGUUUCUCGCCUGCAGUGUUUAGGUCAAGAUAAGAACAAAAAACUCCCGUUACUAAAUGUUUAGUUGUUGCGUUUGGCGUUCUGUUUUUUAUGGCGAAAUCCAUGUUAAAAAUGUGUAGCUGUGUUCGUUUCUGUUGCCAUAAAAUUUUAUUCCUUCGCACUAAGUGGGGCAAAGGUUCUCCUUGCUCAGUGCUCUAGUUUUUCGUCGCUGUAGAGUAAUUCCCUUAGCAAACCAGAAGCUACUUUUACGAAAGAACCAGCUGUAUCAUGAGGAACGAUGACUUUUCGCCAAGAAGUCAUCGGGCAGUUUCACUGCAAGUCGCUCCUUUCCUUAGAGAUUGCAAAGGCAGAGGAUAUCGUCGUCGAGCCGAUCAAAAGGAAAAAGAGUUAGUUUAUAGAGAUUCAAGUCAAUCUCAAGUAGGGAUUUUAAUAGACAAAAACUCCUUUAGUUUAAGUGCAGCAUUGCCACAUGACCCAUUUCGCUCAAUGGCAAAUAACUGACAUCAGUGUUGUAAAUUAAUAUUUCGUAUGCAUCGACUUUCGAACACCACUUGGAUUCGCUACCAUCUAAUUCAAUAAUAUUUGUGUUUAUUUAUUUAUCUCGUCAGAAACCUAGGUUAGGAGAAUACACAACCCCUUCGAGCUUGUGUUUAUGCCAGUAUCCGCCAGAGGUUUCUCAUUGCUCAGGCAACAGAGUAUCGGUCAGCUCAGGAAAGGGCUUGAACUUGAUUACAAAUUAUGUAUUCCUGUUAUUGUAACACGAUGGAAACUACAAUUAUUAGGAUUUUCAAACGAUUAGAAAAGCGUAAAUGUAGUCAUGUGGAAAGACAAGGAGUAUGAGUACAUCUCAAGCACGUGAAAUAAAAAAACAAUAAGGAGCUUACCAUUCUUUGCUUGCAGCCGAAAAGAAUGUUGAACAAUCGUGUGCGGUGUGGGAACAGGCAUUCUUUUUAGCUGAAUUUAUGGUUAUCUUCCCCUGAUUUAACAAGUGGUAUGUGUUCGUAACAGCCGUUUUCGAAGCCGGUUCGGAGCAUAAGGCCGACGACAUUGAAUAGUAAAAUCUCCUCGAUGUCGACGAUCGAGGAGCGUCCAUUUUGGCCAUACAGCUACAUCCUUUGGAAAUUAGUGUAUAGAAAUACCCGGUAUAUAUGUAUUAUUCUUGUAGCAAACAUCUUUUAGCACUCCAGCGACGCAAUGCGUUCGUCCUUUCUUCUAGAUUUCUCCUUUAUUUACCAUAGUUACUGACGUGUCUUCACAGUUUUCUACGUCAUAACUAUGUAACGUGAUCGUUUUGGCCGCGCGCUUAAUGAGAACACUUUUUGGCCGACAAAUCGUAAUUUCAAAGCGCAGAAAAAUGGUCAAGGAGAACUUGCUAGGCGCAAAGGUCGAUUAUUUAUACUUUUAAACACAGCUAUCAGAAAAUGCAAAAAAUAAAAUUUCUUGUACAUGUCAUAGGCACUCUAUCUUAAUCUUUUACUUCUAAAUUUCUAAUGUUCUUCGUUAUUUUUUUUUUUAGGAAAGGAAAUCGAACUUGCAGUGACAUCAAGUACUGCAAUCCUGAGACUAAAAGUGGCUCUUAUGUCAUCGACCCUGAUGGAGAGGGUGGAGUGAAACCAUUUAAAGUCUUCUGUGACAUGACUGACAAGGACGGGAUAGGAGUGACAGUUAUCAGUCACGACAGUGAAAGUAGAACUUUGGUGGAUGGGUUUGAUGACCGUGGUAGUUAUUCGCGCAGUGUUACUUAUAAUGAAACCAGUCUAAUUCAGCUAGCAAGUUUAACAGCUUCAUCUUCUCACUGUGAGCAGUUUAUCAAAUACGAAUGCUAUGAUUCAGUGCUCCUUUCCAAUGGUGACAUGUUCGGCUGGUGGGUAACACGUGAUGACGAGAAGAUGGAGUACUGGGGUGGAGUCAACUCUGUUCCAUACAAAUGUGCAUGCGGUUUAAAUAACACGUGCGUGGACACCAGUUACGGCUGCAACUGUAAUAAGAAUGAUUGGAAUUGGCGAGAGGACAGCGGUUUACUAACAGACAAGUCCAAGCUUCCCGUGAUUCAAUUGAGGUUUGGAGAUACUGGUGUUAAUGAAACAGGAUAUCACACGCUUGGAAAACUGGAGUGUUAUGGACUCAUCUAGAAUUCACAUUUAAAAGACAACUUGAACAUUGUAUUCCUUUAGUCAGAACUGAAUUUACAUGGAGGUCCAUGAUAAUGAAUUGGUAAUUUGAUUGUAAUGUUGGGAGAAAAAUGGAGAAAUUCAUAAUGUUUAGUUAAAAGUAUUUGAAAAAAAAUUGUAACCGAAUGUCAUACUCGGUGUUGGGCCGCUCAAAUGUUUUGGACUCAUUUAAGACUCAAAUACAGGUCAUUAACUUUUGUUAUUGACCUGUAUUUGAGUUGCUCUUUAAUACUUAUAUAUCAAAAUUCGUUUUUUUUUAAUGGUAACAUUCCUCUGUCACCGCGUUGGAAAGCUUUGCCUGCAGCAAGAAACCUGCCAUCUUUUUGCAAAAGUCAGAUAUAUUUCCAGUUCGUCGAAAUAUAUCUAUGAUAUAAUUUAAUGAUGGCACAAUUUGUUUACCAAAGACAAGUGGAGACGACCAAGCUGGAAGUUAGUCUGCCAAGAAAAUCAUAAAUAAAAGAUUGAAAGGACCUCUUAGUUGCAAACUUUCACCCCUAUUUGAAUCCAAUAAAAUAUACUAAAUCUGAAAAUGACUGUAAGUGUAGUAUUAGCACUUGAAUUCGAAGCCUACAGUAGAUAGUCAUCUUUAUCACAAUGGCCUAAUUUUUCUUUAAAAGCAACUAUGGUUCGGUUUCAUUUUCCUCUGUUUGGAUUUUGCUAGCGACUAAACUAUUUGGCUGAGGCAAUUCAUUGGACAGAGCUUCAUGACCUCUCGUUGGCGCCUUAUGCAUUUAAAAUCUAUGCACGCAAACUCUCAAUACCACUCAACAACAAAAUGUUAUGUACUAUGUUAAGGAUUUAAAGUUCUGUGACCAUUACAGUCACCUUCAGGAUAAAUUAUAUUAAUAUUCAUCGUCACCUUCACUCCCCCUACCCAUGGAGCCUAAAAAACGUUGUCAAUCGUUUUAUUUUUCGAGUAAUGGCCCACUCUUUAAAUGCUCUGAAAUACUCUUGAGUGGAUUACGAAGUUGGUCCUGUUUCAAUUUAUCAGAAAAAGGCAACUUAAUCUGGCGACGCAAAGCAAUAAAACGAUCAGAAAAUACGAUCUCAGGGAAAUCAUGAUUGUUUUAAGCUAUCAUGUAAAUAAAGUUUUCUCAAUCCGUUUUUACUUUAUGAUCAUUUCCGGUGACGUUUGGAGAGCUCAGUAUAGGGGGUCAUUGGGAAUCAGUAGGGUGGGUGGAAUUUGUCAAAGCGAAAUUGAUGAUUUUGACAAAUUUUCGCUAUUUUCGUUACUGCAUGCAUUUCUCUGGAAGUAUUUCAAUUAGUUAAUCGUUAGAGGUCUUUAAAAUUAAGUUUCCUUCGUCAGGGAAAGACUCAAUAGGUGUAAAAAUGAUUUGUAACUCGUGCUAAAUGAACAACAAAGUUAAUAUGGGUUUAAACUUGUAAUAACCGUCUGCUGUCAAAGGUAUUAACAUCGUCAACCGUCAAGAUUUAACCAUCAAUAGUCAAAAUUGGAAAAAAAAUCAACUUUCAACAUUAACCCCUUUAUUGAGACCUUCUUUUAACCUUUACUUUGAAAAGUCUUGUAACUCUAAAUUACCUACGUAUAUAAAAAAUUAUCCAGUUUCCAUCAAAGUGGAUUUGGAAUAUUAAUUGAUAACGAAACAACAAAGUCCAUGUCAUUUUUAAAUAUAUUUAUGCAUAUAGCUGCCAAUGUUUUGUUACAAUAAAACACUUUACAACAAACUGUUGAGCAAAAUUUCUAAAACUAUUGAUUUAUGAAAGUAUUCGGUUGAACCAGCCAUAUAUUUUUUGGCAGUGAUAUUUAGUUAGGUGUUCGGAUACAAAAAAAUAUUUUGUUUUAAUUUUAUGCAAUUUCUCUUUUCGAUCAUCUUAAUUUCAAAGAUGAAGCGCAUUGGGAAUGAGAGAUAAAAAGCAAAGCAUAAAAAUAUAGCAUCAUUACAUCAAUUUUUCUAAACAUGAGACAUAACGUGUCAAAAUAUCUGAAUAUUCGCCAAAGUUAUGACUUCUUUAUCGUAUAACAGUGGAAUGAAUUAAUUAUUGUGCUUCUGCAAGCCGGAGGCAUUCCGCAUUUUGACGCGUAAACAAGUUUAUUCGUAAUUAAACAAUACCAGAGGCUGCAAAGAUCUUCCGACAAUCUUUUGGUAUAUUCACAAACAUUAAAUGGCUUUUUUUCGGUUCCCUAUAUGGCAUACUUAAACAAUUAUUCGCCUCCACUUUGGUGAAUAACUGUUGAUUAUUUAUUCCUGUUAUCCGCGAACUAGCAUCUCUGGGAUACAAGGCCGCAAGACGUUCAUUUCAGUGACGAUAAUGUUCCAGCUUUUUUCCCGUUGAUUACGAUGAGUUACUCAUCAGUUCUAAAUAACUAUCCCUGGUAAAACGCCCAUCGUUCGUUCUCUCUAUAAUGUAUUUCCCGACGAAAACGUGUUGUUUGUUGUCAUUAUAGUGCACUAAUAAACCAUUUUUUGCAUCUCAGGCUGAUACAAGUCGAAGACUAUUUUCUUUUCAAUCUAGUUAUGUAGAACAAAUGCAAUUCAACGCUGCUUUGCAGGCCUCGUUGAAAUUGCACCUAAAGUAAUCCUAAACGAGUACUCUGACCAUUUCUCCUAGGUCAAAUGUUAUUCUGUAGCAUGUUCGAUAAACAAUAUUCGCAAAUAUGAGUUUUUCUAUCUGGAUAUUUGUUUCUGAACUUUUUACAAGAAAUAUUUAAUGAGUAACUGUGCAAUGUUUAUAUUUGAGACCAGUAUAUUGUUUAAUUGAAAAUGCUAAUAUACGGAGGUGAAACGACUGACAUUUUUAGCAAAUAAAUUACGUAAUCGAGGCUCGCUCGUUUUCCGAUCCAUGUAGAGGAUUUCCUAACAUUUUUAAGAGAUGUCAGACAGACAUAACUUAGAUAAAUUUCUUCAAUUUCUUUUUGCUGAACUUGUUCCAAUUUAAAAUGAUUAUUGUUUAUUAAUUAGAUAAGCUCCUUUUAAGUCACGAAGAGGAAAUCUGCCCAGUAUCUGCCUAUGAUCAGGAAUUCGUCCGGUAAACAAUAACUGCGGGAGGUAAUGAAAGAUUAGUUUGAUAUUUGGUGUUUUUAAUUUUGCCCAAAAAAGAAAAAACUAAAAAUUAGAAAAGAACUUUUUUUUCUUUCACAAAAAGCCUUCUAAGAGGAAAGUGUCUCGGCAUAGUAAAUAAUAAAAAUAUUACAUAAACAGCCGCUCCCUCUAAAAGAGGAAAACAACUUUAGCUUCUUUUGGUUGGUGCCAAUUUAUAGUCAGUGUCAAUUUAUUUCAUAUAUUGUUAGCCUGGUGCGAGCCAAAACAUAACUUCUUACAGCAAACCUGCUAACAGGGACAUGUGAAGGAGUAACUAGAAAUUUACUUUCAAGUUUGUCGUAGAGUAGGGAGCAGAGUACCAAAAAUCUCUUUAAAAUUAACAAAAACAUUAGUACAAACCAAUAUAAUAAAUCAUUGGCAUUGUCAGAGUUAAUAGAUAUUGAUAUGAAUAUUUAAAACUUUUUAAACCUGUUGUAUAGAAGGUAUUAAUAGACAUCUUUUCCUCCAUAGGAAAAAAAACAACUGUUUGAAAGUAAUUCUUGUUAAAAAAAAAAAAAAUCUAAAAAAAGUAUCAUGCAGGUUUGUCAAGGAGAGUUUUAUUUAAGAUGACUUUUUAAAACUUACUGUUCCACCUCUACUUCCUCUAUAGUAGAUGUUUAUCCCACCCAUAGCACCUGCUUCAUAGAUGUGGCGAGUUAUUGGCCAAAGACAAGCACAGAGAGGCUGAAAAGGCUCAAGCAAAUGCUACCUUCCAUCACUGCAGUCCGUUGGUAAGAUCUCUUCAUAUAUUUGGUGCUUAACACUCUUCGUAUUUCUUCAAAUACAAACUGGAUGAUUCAAGGAAUGUUUACUUUGUUUCUAGUCUCCAUGUGGAAGCGCUCCUUGUAAGAACGGUGGCCUGUCUAUGUUCCUGAAUAUGAAAGGAACUCCUAUCACUGUGAUUAUCAGCCUGGAUUCAGUGGAACUCACUGCAAACGUGGAGGUAUUAAAUUCGUUUCAAACUGAGAGGUACAAACUCUAAAGUAGAAGUCAUAAUAUAGUUAUAACUAAAUGUCAUUGAAAACUUUGUGCAACUGCUUCCAUCUACAUUUCUCUGUGUCUUUUUACUUUUCAGGAAAUCGAACCUGCAGUAAUAUCAAACACUCCUACCCUAAGACUCCAAGUGACUCUUACGUCAUCGAUCCUGAUGGAGAGGGUGGAGAGAAACCUUUUAAAGUCUUCUGUGACAUGGCUGACAAGGACGAUGUUGGAGUGACAGUUGUCAGUCACGACAGUGAAAACAGAACGCUGGUGGAUUGAUUUCGUGCAAUGUCACGUACCAGGGAACCAGUCUCCUUCAGCUGACAAGUCUAACAGCUUCAUCUGCUCACUGUGAGCAGUUUACAAUGUACGAGUGCUAUCACUCAAGGCUCUUUCGCGAUGGUUACGGCUGGUGGGUAUCACGUGAUGGAGAAGAGAUGAAGUACGAGGGACGAGUGGAUUCUAUCGAUUGCAAAUGCGCAUGCGGCUUGAACCAUACAUGUGCAAACCCUCAGUACGGAUGUAACUGCGACAAACUUGACCAACAAUGGCGAGAGGACAGUGGUUUACUUACUAACAAGUCCAGGCUUACCGUG